AUGGCCACCAAAAUAUACAAGUUGCGUAAUGACAUCUCCGUGACGGAGGAACAACUACAGCACUGGAACCAUGCGCUUUCGCGCAUGGAUUCGCCCGAAGAGAUUUUGAAGUGGGCCCUUGCGACGUUUCCGCACUUAUACCAAACGACGGCCUGUGGGCUGACAGGCUUGGCUACGAUCGACAUGCUCGCGAGACUAGACAGUACGGGUCGGCAAGUGGUGCCGUUGAUUUUCAUCGACACAUUGCACCAUUUCCCACAGACUUUAGAUCUGCUCAAAAGAGUCGAAGAGCGGUACUAUAAGCCUCGGAACUCGGCCAUCGCGGUAUUCACACCCGAAGGUGUUUCGUCAGAGGCAGAAUUCGCGGCGAAACACGGUGAUUUUCUAUGGGAGAAAGAGGACGACAAAUACGAUUUCUUGGUCAAAGUUGAGCCCGCGCGUCGGGCGUAUGAGAGUCUCAAAGUUACUGCGGUGCUGACCGGUCGACGCAAGUCACAAGGCGGUGCCCGUUCGGCACUGCAUUUUGUUGAGGUUGACGAGCUCAACGGUAUCGUUAAGAUCAACCCGCUCGCAAACUGGGACUUCCAGCAAGUGAAACAGUACAUCGACACGCAUAGUGUUCCAUAUAACGAGCUACUAGACCUGGGCUACAAAUCCAUCGGAGAUUAUCAUUCUACGCAGCCUGUAGCUGACGGGGAAGACGAGCGCGCAGGACGCUGGAAGGGGCAAACCAAGACUGAGUGUGGUAUACAUGAGACAAGCCGAUUUGCGCAGUUUUUAACCAACGAGAGCCCCGCUUCAUAG